AUGUUAGUAAUACUAUAUCAUUUACGUAAUGAUUGCGAGACAAUUACACGUGCACGUUCUUCAUCAUCUAAUUCUUCAUCUGCAUCUUCUAUCAGCUCUUCUCGUUCUUCAUCAUCUUCAUCUUAUGCUGAUUCCUCUUGUUCUUCAUCUGAUUCAAGUACUAUAUCUUCGUCAUCAUCAGAUUCUCACUCAUCCAUAUCUACAACAAUAUCAUCAAUAGCUAAAAAUAUGAAUAAACUAAAAAUCAGUAACAAUAAAAAUUCUUUCUCAUCUAUCGGCACCUCCUCCUCUGAACAAUCAAAUCGUUUUCCUCAAGCUGGAGCUAUUUCAGUUUAUAAAAGCACAAAAAGUGGUGAUUUUCUCUGCCUUCACGGCUACACAUAUCAAAUUGAUCGACGAAUGAAAAAUAAAAUAAAAUGGAAAUGGAAACAUAGCAGAAAUAAAAUAAGAUGUGGAGCAAAAAUCUAUACAACGGAAAAUGUGGGAACUGAUCAAAUACCAGCUUAUAAAUAUAUUAAUUCAAAUCAUAUUCAACAUUCACAUGAUGAAGAUCAUGAUCAACAAAAAGUUGAAAUUUUUAAAUCACAAUUAAAAAAUAUUGGAACAAAUAAUCGAACUCUACCUUCAUCAAAAAUAAUUAAUCAAUUAGCCACUUCUAUGAAAUUAACUGAAACACAAUUCGAAAAAAGUAUCUAUCGUGCUAGAAGUAAAACAAUUCCACCACUUCCAAAAUCUAUAAACUUCGACAUUCCAGCUGCAUUUUCAACUACUUCAUCUGAUGAAAAAUUCAUAUAUUUUGAUCAUCUAUAUUCUAAACAAACCAAAAGAAUUAUAGCUUUUGCAAGUCCAAUGCAGCUUAAAAUGUUGUUUACUUCAAAAUUAAUAUGCAUCGAUGGUACGUUUUCAAUUUGUCCAAGACAAUAUAAACAAUUAUUAAUUAUUCAAAGCAUCGAUCAAAAAAAUUAUGAUGCAACACCUGUACUUUAUGUUCUUUUGAAUGAUAAGAAAGCUCGCACAUACACAAUAUUAUUUCGAGCAUUAAAAAGUACAGCAAAAGAAAUGAAAAUGAAAUUCGAACCCGACAAAAUAAUAAGUGAUUUUGAAUCUGGAAUUGUUUCAACAAUAAAAAAAGAACUUCCAAAUACAGCUCAUCAAUGUUGUUUAUUUCAUUUGUAUCAACGUUUAACAAAGAAAUUGAAAAAAAUUGUUAUGGCUAUUGUAUUACUUAAACCACUAUUAAUUGGUAAUGCAUAUGAAUUAUUAGCCAAUCAAUACUUAAAAUUGAACCAAUUAAAACAAUUUCGUGUUCAAUUAACAAAAUUUAUGCUUUACUUUGAAAAACAAUGGAUGAAAUUAAAAAUUCGAAAAAUGAUUAGUUUUUAUGAUGUCGAGUUUAAAACAAAUAAUUGGUCUGAAAGUUAUAAUGCUGUUUUACAACGACGAGCACAACAAAGUCAUUUAUCAAUUUGGAUAUUGAUUGAGCUUUUGAUUACAGAAGAAACUGCUGUACAUACUGUUUUUGAAAUAAACCAAAAAGUUAUUGAAUUGAAUCAAAAAUUUGAAGAUGGUGAAAUCGAACUUGAUGAUUGUCUUACAUCAGUGUCAGAAUUAGUCGGUGUUAAAUAUGAUAAAUGGCGUAAACAAUUAAAGAAGAAUCAAAGAAGAAUGAAAGAUGAUAGUGAUGAUGAUUGA